AAUUUGCUUCGGGAAAUUGUGGGAAUAGUGUGAUAUAGCAACACGAUCAGUGAAUAAUACUUAUUCGGGAGAAAAAUGAAGUUGUUGACGCAUAAUAUGUUGACUUCAAAGUGUCUCAAAGGGGUGACAGUGGGGUACCCCCUUGGCAUUGUGGCAAAGGACAUAAGAGUAUCCGAAGUAGAUUUCAAUUCUGAAUUCAUAGCAAGGAUAAUUCCAAAACUGGAUUGGAAUACACUAUGGAAAGCAGCCGAAAGUAUAGGGCACGUCGGUGAAUUACCCCAGACCCUCCUGCAGGAUUUCGAGGGAGAUGAAGAUUUUCUGAAGAAGGUACACCACGUUUUACUCGAGGUUGAAGUUAUAAAUGGAGAUUUACUUUGUCCUGAAUCAGGAAGAAAAUUUCCCAUCAACGAUGGCAUUCCAAAUAUGCUGCUGAACGAGGACGAAGCCUAGAUGCAAUGUGAUAACUCCAGACCUAGCCCCUAAGCGUUUAUCAUCAUCAAAUAUAAUUUAUUUAAUUUUCAAUAAAGCAUUGUUUUUAUUAAAA